AUGUCCCAUACUGAAGAUGUCCAAAAAGCCAUUAAGGCGCAUUCCGAUGCAAAUACAGACAACUACAUCAAAGUAGACACUUUCAACGACGAAGUUGCAGAGGCUGUCCGUGGCCACAUCCAUCUUGAAUGGAAGAGCUGGUUCUUCUUCCGCAAGCUAAGUGCAGACUGUGCCCGUGCAAAUGUGUCUCUGCACGGCUUCGGCAUGCUCUUCAAGCGCGCCGCCACCGAAUGCUUCGCCGACGGUAUGUGGCUCGAAGGCUACCUCGUCCAGCGCGGCGGACGCUCCAAACCCAGUGACAUCCCCGCACCCGAUGUCGAGUGGCCCGACGACCCAGUCGAUCCAGUUCAACCAGUUUAUGAAGCGCUCCAAGUCGAAAAGUGUCUCCUAGAAGACCUUCAGCGACUCUGCGCCGUGGCUGAUAAACAUGGCGAUUACGCACUCGAGGACGUCAUUGAAACGCGAUUCUUGAAGAAGGAAACUAAACACGUGAAGGAUAUGGGCGAUUUGUUGCAGCAGAGUGUGCGGGUGAGCAAGCAGGCGGGACAUGGCCUAUAUCACUUGGAUAAGGAAUUGAGGGAGAACAAGGGGGUCACGCCUUGGGGGAAGGCGAACAAUCCUGACAAUACGGAUUAUCUGUUGCAGGCUGCUACCGCUGAUCUUUCGAAUACUAAGCUGUUCCCGUCUUGA